AUGGAUGCCUUCAAGGCGAACGUGAAUAGCAUCUUGCUCAAUCCUCAAUACUCUAAAUCCCUUGCCCUCAUCAAAGGUGCUCGCAAUGGUGCAGUCUACGGAGCCAAAGUCCGCUUCCCUCAUGCUCUUGUUAUGGUCAUGCUUUUCCGCUCUGGCUCCCUACGCUCCAAACUUGCUUUAGUUCUGAAAGCCACUCGCCAGCAUGCUCGUAACCUUGCCACAUUUGCCCUCGUGUACAAAGCAAUGGUAGCCCUGCUACUACGUGCCUCUCCUACAAAAAAGGAAGAAUCAUGGCACACUUUUCUGGCUGGACUUGUUGGCGGCUACUAUGUCUUUGGCCGAGGUAUACAGAGCUCUGUGAAUCAGCAAAUCGUGAUCUACAUAUUUGCAAGAGUAGCAUUAGGAGCUGCGAAGCUGGCAGUGCAGAAUCGAAGCGAGGGCGGCUGGGGCUUGUUGGGGUAUAAAGACCGCCAGACUGUGAAGGUCAAUGCUUGGCCCGUAUUUGCCAGCUUGAGCUGGGCGAGCGUUAUGUGGCUAUUCCGGUACCACCCUGAAGUACUACAGCCGAGCCUGAAGAGUAGCAUGCAGUACAUGUAA